UCGUUAUUAUUUAUUUGAUUGGAGCUGGGCCAGGAGGAACAUGGUGAUGGUCCAAUUAGACUAGGCCAUGGCCCAUGAAACACUCUGGAAAUUCCCAAAAAGUUGGUGUCAUUUCCUUGUUGUUAUUAAUUUAGAUCUGCAUGUUCAUUAAGGAAAAGGGUUAAUCUUUCAUCUUUCACAAAUGGGCAAUCAGAAAGCAGACAUUUCACCUCUUUGAAAGGCCUCUAAACUAACCAACCCCUUGGUUUGCUCUUUAAGAAACUCAGCAUCACCACACUUCUCUUCUUCUUUAUUCUUAGAGAGCAAUGAUAUAUGUCUGAAAAACACUUCUUAGUGUCAGAAUAGCAUCCACAAGCCAAUCCAACACACUCCAAGCUUGAGUUUUCUUUCUUCUUCACCAGAAAAUGAACUCUCCAUCCCCAGCAACCAAACACAGAUAUGACAUCACCAUGUCCAGAAGAACCAGAAAGCAAACGCCUUCUGAGAAACCCAGAUCAGAAAGUAAUACUGACCCAAAGAAUAGAGAAAAUGGAAUUGUGGUGUCUCUGGAGAAUCUUCUGCAGGUGAAAGAUGGUGAACAGAUAAGUGACCAUAAGAGCUUGAAGCAACUGAUCAGAGGGGAUAGUGAGAGUAAUAAUAAUAAUAAAGGAAGGAACUCACUUGGACAGCACUUCAAUGAAGAAGAGAAGAAUCUGCAGGUGGUGAAGAAGAAUCAGAAUGAGAGUGCACAAGAAGGCCUGAAGUUCAAGAAGCUGGUGCGACGUUAUGCAAAGGUUCUUGGCCACAUGAUGAAGGCCAAGAGAGAUCCUCAUUUAGGUGAAUCUGGAAAGAAACCUGUUUUCAAGUUACACAAGUAGGAAAUUUUUGCUUAAUCAUCAUCAUCAUCAUCCUCCUCCUUUUCUUGUUCUGCAAGCAUUAGCUGUACAUCAGUUUGGUUUUUCAAUCAUUUUUGGCAUAUUCUGAAUACUCUAGCUGUCAUUUUUGAUAGCAUCAGGUUAGUGAAUUUCGUCAAUCCGUUUGUGUUAGAUUUGAUGUUUUAUCGAAUGUGUACUUGUUGGUCAUCAAACGAGUCCAUAAAGAUAAAUGUUGAAUCUAAUUAAACAGAAUGAUGAAAUGUUUGGUGUCAAAAUGACAGCUUGAGUAUUCAAAUAUUUUGGA